AUGCGUUUCUUCGCUCUUGCCUCUUUCGGUCUUGUUGCCGUUGUCGCCGCGCAAAAUGCUACAAAUGUGACACAGACUGGAACAAGCCUCUCCAGCUCCGCAUCUUCGACCCCGUCUCUGUCCGCUCAGGUGGUGUGUCUGCAACAAUGUGGUUCUGCCGAUGUCUGCUGCCAGGCGAAAUGUGUCAACGUACCUUGCCCCAGCCAAAGCCAGGCCAACGCAACAACUGAAUGCGAAGCCAAAUGCCCGCAGGGAAACGGUACCGCAUCUGAGACAGAUGCAUACGCCCAGUGCCAGGCCUCAUGUGUCAGCUCAUACUUCCUCUCGUCUACCGCUGCACCGACAGCCUCCAGCUCGGGGAGUGCUGCUUCGGCAACAUUUGGAGGAAGUGCUGCCAGUACGACGGACUCAGGGUCCAGCGGCAGCUCGGCAUCAAACACAGCUUCCUCGGCAUCGGCGACCUCGACUUCUUCGGACAACGGCGCCAGUGACAUUCGAGUCGGUACCAUCGGUCUUGGGUUCUUGGGAUUGCUGGUGGCUGGCCUUGCGUUGUGA